UCUUCUCCUUGUUUUGCAAUCAGAGUUGAUUUUCCGAUCUAGUUUUCUUAUUUUUUUGGUUAAUUGUCUUAGAGGAGAGAGAAGAGAUCAGAGCGGAGGGGAGGAGCAGGGAGGACGACAGACAGACAGACAGACAGACAGGAGGACGGGAGCGCGAGGGGAGCUGCCAGCAGAACAGCAGUCCAAUCCACGCGCAGCCGGGACUCCUUCUGGCACCAUGCGCGCGCUGUUCGUACAGAGAGGCGCGUGAUGAGUCGGUCCGGUGUGUCUCCUCGAGACGUUAGCGGAACACAACCACCACCACCACCAUCAUCAUUAUCAUCAUCCUCACCAUCAUCAUCAUCAUCAUCAUCAUCGCCAACAGGUGUUGAGGACACGCGGAGCCACAUUUGGAGAUAUGAGUCGGAGAUUUAAGAACUUCCCCGCGCGCCGCUGAGGAACUUUACCGCCUUCUUCUGUUCUGUCAUCCCGGCACGGAAAUGUGGACGCGUCGAAGCAGCUGAGUGGACUUUUUUUUUUUGUUUGUUUGCUUGUUUUUUUUUUUUUUAAAAAAAAGGUUUUAUUCUCAGAGAGGUCUCGACGAUGCCACAGAUGUGAUAUAAUCAACCACUGCAGACAGUAUCUGCGCUCCACUGCCACAGAAGAACGGAUAAAAAAAAAUAAUAAUAAUGAAAUUUGCGCAUUCCAGAUCCAAAGUGUUUCCCGUGCACGACAUGACAUGUUGAUUCCGGUGUCGCUCACCCUGCUGCUCCUAACUCUCUGAGGCUGUCAACGUGCUCGCAAUAAAUCUCGAGAUUACAGUUCCCUGCUGGAAUACUCUCAGCGAGCAGCUCAAUUUUGUGGAUGAGCUCCUUUUGAAAUCUAUUUCAAAAGAUCACGGGAAAGUCUAUCAAAUCAAUUUUGAAGGAUUCUCUCAAGAUAAGCCCCUGUGUUUGUGCGAAUAAACCUGUAAUUUCAGCAUUUUGGAAGGCUAAUGAGGCUGCAACCGGAACAAUUUAAUGCCAAGAAACUGGUGAAACUAUGAUUGCUUUGACCUGACAAGACUUGUGGGAGGUUGCUGCUGAAUAUGCAGGACAUAUCCGGGCCUGAUAUGCCCAGGAAAACCCCUAUCUUUGAUUGCUUCGCCCUCAUAUGGGGCUUGCUCUUUGGAUUAUUCAUGACAAAUACACCGGUGAUGGCUUGUCCGACGAGUUGUCACUGUAUAGAGAAGAGUGGCAUGACCGUGGUCCAAUGUAUGUCUCGCAACUUGGAGAAGAUCCCAUCGGAUCUUCCGAGAGAUACUGUCGUCCUACUUUUGGCGUCCAACCACAUCACCCACGUCCCCAACCACGCCUUCAAAGAGCUGCACUACCUUCAGGAGCUGGACUUGUCGAACAACGACAUUGAAACCGUGGACGUAGGUGCGUUUCAAGGUGUUUCCGACAGCCUCCUCGUCCUGGAUCUAUCAAACAAUCGCAUCCAAAGUGUCCCCAAAGAGGCGUUCGCCCGGCUCCGGGCGAAAAUCAGCCUCUCAAACAACCCGUGGCACUGUGAGUGUACGCUGCAGGAGGUCCUGAGGGAGCUGCGCCUCGACCCCGAGACGGUGAACGAAGUGAUCUGCCACACGGCGGUGCAGGAGGAGUACGCAGGCAAGCCGGUAAUCCAGGUGCUGGACUCAGGGAUCAACUUCUGCAACUUUCACCACAAGACCACCGAUGUAGCCAUGUUCGUCACCAUGUUCGGUUGGUUCACCAUGGUGAUCGCGUACGUCAUCUACUAUGUGAGACACAAUCAGGAGGACGCUAGGAGGCACCUGGAGUACCUCAAGUCACUGCCCAGCAGCUCUCAGAUCAGCAAGGACUUCGACACCAUCAGCACUGUUCUCUAGCAGGGCUCAGACAGAGCGGUGUGUGUGCGUGUGUGUCUGUAAAUACGUGAGUAAAAGUGUGGUUAUGUACAGAAUGACUUAAAAGCUGUUGCAACACAUAAUCACCAGUGUUUGUUGAGCACAUUAUCUGAGGUCUUUCAGUGAUUAAAGUAGGGUCAUUUUCAUUUUUUUCAGCCUCACAAAUGAGAUCUUUUGUAAAACUCUAUUAAAAUUGACUUAGAACAUGACAGGGCAACAGUAAUAGCACAAAACAAACAAAAAAUACUCACACUCAACGGACGGAGAGAUGAAAGAUCUAGACCGGAGAGAUAAAUGUUCCCACUCUGCUGUCGAUCCACAGUGUGAUUGAAUUUGGACGGAGACGAAUGAGGAGGACGACUGCCGCUCACACUUACUUCGUAUUGACUGAUUCAUGUUCAUGUCACACUGUCAAGGUAAAAGGGCAUUUUAAAGAGACUUUGGAUAACGUAUGAAGUAGGCAAAGGCGUUAACAUUCAGUUUGCAUAACACAUCAGUAACGGCCCUGCCUCCAGCAAACCUUACACGACUACUGACCCAGGAAAUACGAUUACUCUGCGCAGCCACCGCAUCCUGCCACCACCAAAAUGUAGUCCAACGAGGAAUAGUUGCUGUACACUUUUUGCAGUCACGUGUUUUUGUUCAAUCUAAAAAGUUGAUGUAAACUUUUUUUUAAGAAUGUUAAAGCAUAAGUUCACCCAAAAAUUAAAAUUCAGUCUUCGUUCUACUCAGUGCUCACUCUUUCAACAGCUGAAGUAGAUGCUGACUUCAGGUUAAUUUAUGCUUCUGCGUUGAAUCUUUGGCAUACCUGCAGCAUAACCUAUGCCCUACACCACAGCCUGACAUGCAACCCCCCCCCCAGAAAUAUGACUGCACGUCACUGUGACGCAGACUGCAACAACUGAUUGGUCCACUUGGUAAAAAUCUAAUUUUCUGGCUUCUCGCCUGGUGAUUACUGGAGGCGCUAAAAUCAGGGAUGAUACUUGUAAUUUUCCCCAGUAAUGACACCGCCCUCUUUGGCUGUUGCAGUUCCUUAUAACAGUUCAACUCUUCUUCGGUUUAACUCCUCCUCCAGAGCCAGUUUUUGCUGCCAUGGUGUCUCUGGGCUAUAGAAAGCAGACAGGCUGGAUGUGCGAAGUCCUGGUGGCAAACCGAGUCGUUCAAGCUUUGUGUGUAUGGAGGGCAGCCUUCACCUCAGACCCUCGGCCUGUCAAAUCUGCAUAGCCUGGAUACAACUGUUACUCACAGCCUCCAGCAACACGGACACACUAGCACACAUAAAUAAAUCCUUACUGUGACAAAGGCACUUGCAUAGGUUACGGCAUAGGCUCUUUGUAGAGCCUAGGUGCAACCAUAAAUCAGCUUUUAAUGUUGAAACCCCCCCAUAAAACCUGAGAUGGCUCCAUACAGUUUGUCCUGCCUAAUCACAGUCUCUGGAAAUUGGAAAUUGACUUUAAAAAGAGCUUGUGUGCACCCCUUUCACACCAAAACUGUCACUAUGGCUGCUAACCUUGAAGUGUCUGUCUGAACUGGGUGCACAAGCUUGACUGUGUGUCAAGGGUAAAAACAACACCUUUUCAAAUCAAGUUGCAAUGUCAGGACUUCAGGAGACUUGGAUGAUGAGCUGGAAGGAGUCGUUUUUUGUUCUUUUAAGUUGUUAAGUUUUAAAACAAGUCCCAAUCUACUUCAGUUGUUUAGACAAACGCUACAGCACUGUUUUGCUGUGAAGCACCAGAAAUGUCACCCUGUUUUCCAUCUGCAUGGGGAUGAGAACAUAAUGACUGAAUUUGUAUAUAUUGGGUGAGCUUUUCCUCUAAGGUGUCUACUUUGUCACCUGGUGAUAUUCCAGCAUUGAAGGCUCUUGGCUGAGAUCUGCAUACUGUAAUGUGCGAUGACAUAGAGGUAGAGGUGGACAUGACAAAGAAAACUUUAUAUUUUCACAAUUUGGCAUCCUACAAAUGGUAAUUUGUUUUACUAUAUGAACUCGGUUAAUGUCAGCAAGGUAUUUAGAUUUUUGGACAUACAGUGUCAUUGCCAUAUAAAUGUGCCAUCGUUAAUACUUUUAGCAAACAAUUACCUGUUUACACAACAAUGAUCAUGCAGCAAAAUGAUCAUUUAUAUCGUGUGUUCACCUGAUGUUUGUAAGUUGCUUGAUCUCCCCCCCACCAGUGUGUCUGGUUUGUGGUUAAGGUAGUGCACAGAGGGUUUAUGGGAGCUUAUCAGUCUGGACAACAGCUCCCUGCUGCUGCUGCCGCUGCUGCUGCCGGUAAAGGUGUUGGAUCAGAACAGUGAGACUAAACCACACAGUUAAUCUGGAAUUAUGUGCCUCUAAAAAUACACUGAAAAAACAAGAAAAGGUGUUAUUGUAACAUCAAUCAGUGGGGCUUGCUGGAGAGCCCUGUAGCACACCUCCCGAAUCUCAGCACCUUAUAAAUGGACCUGCUUGUCAGGCAAAUUGGCCCGAAAAGCAGAACUCCAGCCUCAAUGUGGGGGCCAUAAAAAACAACUUAGCGAGCUUGAAAAGAGACUAAAGAGCUCAUAGUUGAGUGACAACUCGCUGUGACCCCUCUCACAUUAUACAGUCUUUUGAUCCAUUAUUAAAGCCCUGUGUGAUAACCAUACACAACAGCAUUCCCCUUAGAAGAAAGUGAAACAAAAUAGUCUGCAGUCUGUUUUGAAUCUCAUGGUGGUUUGAGAAACACAUACAAAUUAUAUAGGCACAGGUGAAAGAAAAUAUAUCACAAAGAACUUUUUGGGGUCCAAAUUUACUCUAUGUAUGAAUGUAUUUAUGUUUAAUGUCAGUAUUCAGCAUAGUUCAUGUUAUCGUGAGCUGCAACAGCCAACCACAGAUAGCUGAAUUAACAUGCCAUACUUGAUCUGAUUGUAGCAUACUGCUGUUUGUUUGGACGCACACUGGAUAUGUUUUUUUUUUUUUUUGCUCAUGGGUUAAUUUCCUGGGCAGAAGGUGAUUGUGUCCAAGUGCCUACUCUCGGGGACUUCUACACCAUAGCACUGUGCACUAAUCUGGACAACUGAGUGUCGAGUCCUCUCCCUGUCCACCUCCGCCAUCGCAGGACUCAGUGUCAAGUUGUAACGAAUGCCUCCCCUGUCUCUGUGACCCGAGUCAUAAACAUGUUGAAGCCCAAUUUCCCCGGAUGGGUGGAUUUUUCCAGAAUAGGACAAGAACGAGUGCCAGGAGACAAUGACAGAAAAGUUUUUGAAAAGUUAAUGUUCCACGCUUUUCUGUGAUUGACAACGUCCUGUACCUGUCCUCAUGUGGUGAUCCCCACUCAUCUCUUUGUUCAAGCAGGUUAAAAUAAACACAAAUGAUAAUUUGCAAGUAAUACUUGACCGACUCUAGUUAGAGACUUUGUUUUGUCUUUUUUAUACGACUGUAGGUCUGUUUGUUUGUUUGUUACAGAAGUGUCUAUCUGUGAAGUUUUGAGCUGUCAUCUUCGUGCUGGCCAUUGUGUACUUUACAACCUAAAGGACUGCACAUGCCAUCUGUGCUGUUCUUUUGUAGAAUGUGUCUUUAGCUGAACCCAUAUCAAAGUGUUUGGAUGUCUUGUAAUCGGUCAAUGUCUUUUUCGUCACCUAUAGAAGAACUGGUCUGUGAGCUGUGUAUUUCUGUGAUGGAAAUCGAAAGGGCUCCGAUAAAUUUGUUUGUAAUAAUUAUAACAAUUUUCUAUCUGUUUUGGUCAUUAACUGUCUGUUUCGUUCUCUGGAUUUCAAUGGACACCUUACCAGCAUUUGAAAA